CUGACACUAAAGGUUUGUGUUCCUGUGCUUAAAAAUUAAAAAGUUUUAUAUCCUGUUCGAAGUUUGAAACAAGGCCGUGAAUCAUUAGCGCUUAAUUUAACAGAUUUUCUUUUUCACCAUGGGAAAGAAAACACUGUUAUGAAAAGCAACAAUGUGUACUGCCGUCUCAUAAAUACGAUAACGAGUAAAUGAGACAAACGACGCUUGAAGAAAUGUGACAUAACGCCAUCUAGCGAUAACCGCUUGUAUUAGAACGUGUGGUUCGACAGCACCGAACAAUGAAGCUAAAUUUAUUCAAACGGUCGAUGAUUUUUGCGACGUUCUUCGGAUCGUGUCUGUGUAUAGCGUUGAUUGUCGCUUCUUUGGGCACCACGCAUUGGGUGGACGCGAGAGCUAGAAGAUUGUCGAAUCCUAUCGAAUCCGAGGGUAGAAUCAGCUUUGGACUAUUUGAAGGUCACAAGGAAUUGAAUUUCGGUUAUGGAUGGAGGAAUCAUGAUUUCAGCAUAAAAGCGGGUACUCAUCCAGCUCGACGCUGGGCGUGGUGCGGUACCGCGGCUCAGUUGGCGGUAGCAUUGGCUGCCUCUGCUGGUGCCUGUGUGUUGGCUGCAUUGGGUUCGGCCGCAAGGAGCCGUUGCUCGCCACGACCUUUGCUUUUAUGUAAUGGUGCUAUUGUUCUUUUCACCUUAGGUGCAAUUGCAGUUUGGUUGACCGAGUUCUUCCUGAGAUUGCAGCAUAAUGUCAUGUCGGAUGAAGAUCUAGCGAACACGUGGUCUUCGGAUAUGACAGCCGACUUAGGACUCUCAUUUUGGCUCAUAGUAGCGGCGACAAUAACAGCAUUUAUAAAUAAUGUAUGUAUCCUAAUAGCCGCUGCAGAUGGAAGAGACGUGGAUACCAUCGCUCCAGCCUUAGAAGAGAAGGUUAACGGGGCGAUCAUGUUGUAUUAAUAGACUAUAUGUAAACUAGUGAUGCACUACAGAACUAUUAACGGUCGAAUAUCUCGAAUAU